ACUUGGAUAAAAAUAUGUCUUCAGGACUGAGGGUCUUAUUUAGCUAGCAAUAUUGAACCGAAUAUCGAGGAAUAUGAUUUCCAAUCGUGGACAAGGCACAUUAACCCAUUGUAGACCAUUGGGUAUUACUUUGAAUAACAUCCCUAGUUUUGGUUUGGCUCUCUCGCUCUUUGAAAGUUUUAUCUAAGAAAAAAUUUUUCAAGGCAUGAGACCGCCGAGACCCAGCAAUUUCAUCACCAAUCACAUUUAUCUGUCCCACAACAACGACUACGAUCGCAACGUAGAGAAGCUAUGCGAACGCGCCACGCUCCAUAACAAGCGAGUGAUGCUCAUCACAAGCCGAAAAUACCCUUUGCCGAGGGAGCACGAUGGCCGCCAGACCGCCGCCAAGGGUCGCAUCAGUGUUUGCCGCCUGAUUGACAUCGAGGCGACGCCGCAACAAUUGCUGGACCUCCAUGACGGAUACCAGCCGUUCCACGGCCUUCCAGAUCUCAUCAUCUUUGAUUUGCAUUCCAUAAUUGCGGAGGUGCUGCAGCGGCCCGUGAUGCAGCAGUGCUCCACCGACAAGCUGGUGCGCCACAUUGCCAAAUGUUCGGCCGCCUUUGCAAAUUAUCGCGAGCUCGUCUGCAACGAGUGGCUCGUGGCCGGCGAGGGCGGCAAGUCAGUGACUGAAAAUGGGUCCCAUGGAGUGGACACCAUAGUGGUCAUGUCGCAGGAGUCAUAUCCCAUGACGCCGGCCCAGUUCAAGCUGCUGAUGGGUCUCUAUUUCUGGGGCAACGAAUGCUACACAAGCUUCUCCAAGCUGUCGGCCCAGAUCUCGAUCUCGCAGGGACUAACCACCUAACCGGAUGGAAUGUAUGGCACUGUACACCGAAAGUGCCUUGGACGCUACCCCGUGUCGUCCGUUCUGUUACCCAAACAGAAUCGUCUUAAAAACUAGUUCCUUCAACAAAAACAUACUCGUACAUAUCCCCUACAGCGUCAGUUUUUGAAGCAGAAGUAGCAUAUACUAUAUACAUUAUAUACAUACUCGUAGAUAUUUACACCUCGAGAAAAACCUACAUGGCAUCCAUGCAAACUGUUUAUAUGAAAACCACUUGAAUCGAAUGAUCGAUUGGAGGCCCAAGACUUGAAAACUUUAAUCUAAACAUUAAAAUUACCAAAAGCUAAAAAUGUAUGAUAGUGUAACUGUUAUAUAUAUUUAUCCGCCAUAUAUAUACACAUGUACAUCUACUAUAAAUUCCAAUUAAAAUCUCAAUAUUUGCAGAUAGUA